AUGAAAGAAGUAGCUGCAGAGCUCGAUGGAUUAGUGCCAACUAUGGAACUGUAUCCAAGUGGAGGAAAGCCUAAUUUCCCUCGAACUCAGAAAGAUACCGACUACUUGCUUGGGUCACCUGUUUCAAGCUCUUCCUUUGUGGAUAUCAGAGGUGAGGGUGAUGCUGCUAGUUAUAGUAGUAUUUUAAUCAGUGCAGAUUAUGAAAGGAGCAUGCAAAAUCAAAUCCAGAUGGUAACGCCUCGUGGAGAUGGGCGAUAA